GUGAGUUCACUGCAUUCGGAAACUUCAGCAAUAAGAGGUGAUAGUUUCGACUAGUCUUUACUUUACCACACAAGAGGAAAAAAUAACACACUUAGAAAGAAAAGAAAAAACAACAGCAAACAGCAAAUAAUAGCACAUCAUAUUUUUAGUCAACGAUGGAAGCUGUUACCAGUUCUCUAAAUAAAAGCAUUCAUGUUAAGAAUCCUCCAACAAGUUGGCAGACAGAAGAGGAUAUUUACAAAGAAGUUCAACAAGAUGCUGAAGAUACAUGUCUUUUAUGGAAUUACCAAUCUUUGGAAGUUCCCGACAUUUUAUCAAGCAUUAAUGAAGAAAUUCCACGACAAUGUUACAAAGCAUUGCAGUAUUCAUUAUUCGAAACCGGUUUCCCAGAGACGCAAGACAGAACAUCCAAAGUUAAGGCUCUCUCCCAUCAACAGGUUUCAAUCACCGUUUUAUCAUCUCCUGUUGAAUGUCUGAGUGUUUUGUUAGAAGGAGGCGAACAAUGUCCUGGAAAUAUGCUCCUGGUUCUCUCAGAUUCCUGGCUUAGCAAGGAACCAUCUUCUACACAAAGUUGCAAAUUCUCUUUGUACGUCAACAAGGCCAUAGCUUUCUAUAAAGGGGGCUACAGUUUCCUAGAGACGUAUCAACCGCCACGUCGUGUGACUUACUUUGUCAAUUUCUUCACGGCCAACUGCACUGGAAAUGCACACACGGAAGGCGAACACCUUGAACAAAACUUGGACUGUCCUAUGAGUAGUUCAUUGAAGCUGUUGAGUUAUACCGAUAACAAACUGUUGACUCGAACAUUGGCUGCCCAGGCUGGUGUACCUUAUCCAACCACACUGGCGUUUAUAAAACAUUCUAACGUCGUAUUGGAUACGAGAGGGCUACAGAUCACUGUCCAAGUCAUACCAGAAAACAUUUCCGACAAACAACUGCAGUUGACCUUCAAGGAUAAAAUCGAAACGUUUUUAGCCACCCACAGUUUCAAUAAGCUUGUUAUAAAACCCUCCGGUCCUUCGUGGUUUGGAAGCAAACUGGUGUCUUUCAAUAAACCCAUUGUGGAAGAAUUAGUGGAAACAGCAGUUUCAGUUUACCACAGAUUAGAAGAAGGUGAUGCAGUAAUUUUAGAAGAAUGCAUUGACAACUUACCUGUUACUGAAGAUUACAACUUUCGUGUUAGAACAACAGUAUGUCGAACAUCAGAUGACCUUCCACAUGUGUCAAAGAUUGUCUGUGGCAUUUCCAAGUCAAUAAACCAAGACUAUAUUGUCCCACAGUCAUUGAAAGCAUCUCUCAAAACUUGGCAUGUCUCAGAAGAAAAUAUAAAAGUCAUCAAGAACAAGCUGAUCAGCAUGUCUGAACGGACUCUGAAAGCCAUCAUGUCCUUUGAGGACACACUUAACGAAGACGAACGAGGUGGAAUUGGUGCUCAGACAGAUAUAAUUGGACUUGACUUUUUAGUGCAGAAAACUCAGUCAGAAUUCAAACCUGUGUUAAUUGAAGUGAAUGGACGUGAUUGCCUGAAAAACUGCCAAAUUAAUGAAUUCAUCAAUAGAGACAAACUUGGAGAAGUUGUCAAAGAACUGGUGAAUACCAUGAUUUCAAGAUCCGAACGUUUUCUGGUGAAAGGUAAAACUGUUCUUUUCAUCGGUGAUGGAGGGUACGGAAAACGGUUUACUUUGAAGGACACCAGAGGCUACGGAAUUAAGAUUGUGUUGGUAAAUGCAGAAAAACCUAAAAACUUGAGUCAAGAUAUCACUUUCGUACCACAUGAUCUGACUGACUUAAAGCGGACGUAUAAAAAUGCCACCGAAAUUAUUGCCAAGCUUCAAGCUAGAGGUAUAACAAUUGAUGGCUGUAUUACUUUCUGGGAUGAAAAUGUCUGUCUUGUGGCAGCGAUAUGCGAACUUUUGAACCUAACAGGAUCAAAUUAUAAAGCAUACACCAUUGCAAAAAAUAAAUACCUUACUUUUAAAUGGCUACAGAAGCGAAAGGGAGAUAUUCCUCAUUGGCCACGUACGUUUUUGUAUUCUUCAAACGUUUAUGAAAUUAACACACAGUCUGAUAUCUCCAAAAUCUUCCAAAACAACAAGCCUUCCUUACCUUUGGUAUUAAAAUUUGAAUACGGAUCAGGUGCAAUUGGUGUUAAACUUGUGCAAAACGAAGAAGAGUGCCAACAGUAUUAUCAACAGUUAUCGGACUUAGAAAUGCCUGGUGUUGGUCUAUCUUUAGGUCGUUCUUUUAUAUUGAUGGAUUACUUACAAGGCACCGAACAUGAUGUGGAUAUCAUAAUAUAUAAGCGUAAAUUAAUCGCAGCUUUUGUGUCGGAUAACGGUCCAACCAGGUUACCCAAUUUCAUAGAAACGGCAGCUCUUUUGCCUUCGAUUCUUUCAGAUGAAAAGCAGAACCAACUGAUCGUUGCUGCUUACCAAUGUUGUCUUGAAAUCGGUUUAGAAAGCGGCGUUUUUAACGUGGAAAUGAUUAUGUCAGUGACGGGACCAAAACUUUGUGAGAUUAAUUCACGAAUGGGUGGAGCCUAUCUGAGGGACUGGAUUAAAUUGUGUUAUGGAGUUGAUAUUAUGUUUUGCGACUUAUUAAUAUCUCUGGGUAUCGAACCACAUGUAAAAUGUAAAUAUAGUCAAACGUAUUUAGCGGGGAUUAUAUGCUUGGCUUCAGAGCAUGCUGAUAUUUUCAAAGAUGAGCAAAAAAUGAAUUUAAUUCGAGCCAAACAUGAAUCCAAGCAAAUACAAUACAAUCAAUUUCUUGAAAAGCUUCAUUUAGAAUAUGAAGAAGAGCUAUACUUUGCAAGUAUAGCAGUAAUUGAGCCUGAUCCAAUAACUGCUAAAAGGUCAUUGAUAAAAAUCUCAGAAGAACUUGGUAUUAAAACCGAUUCAUACAAUGUUGAACAAUUCCUUAAAUUCAUUCCAAAUGAGACACAAGAAUAGGGUGAAGUCUGGGAGUUAUUUUUUUAUGUGUGUCUUUAUAUAUGUGUUGGGGAGAUAUGGAAAGUUGAUACAUCUUUAAUUUCUUUUCUAAAGGGAGUUAUUGUUUUUUAGCCCCAAGUCAACAUUGAUCCAAGCUGUGGCCAUCUCAUCUUUUCUAUAUCCAUCUCGUCACCUGGACCUCCUCGAACAGGUUCAGAAACAAGUCUGUAAUUUGAUUGGUUCCCCCCUCUUCCUCUCUUAGUCUGUAAUUUGAUUGGUCCCUUGUCACAGUGACAUGACAACUUAGUCUUUUCUAUCUCUCCUACCACAGGAUGUGCUCAGAUGAAUUUUCUUAGUCCUAGAUCACAUUGUGCCAUAUCACCUGACUCGUAACUCACAGCAUCUUCAUUCAAAUUCUGUGACGCUUCCACGAAUAAGUAAGUCUUUCUAUAGUUGAAGCUUUUAUCCUCGAACUACCAGAAUUUGGAACUCUAUUCCAUCUCAUUUUCUCCCUCCUUAGUCCCUUACACUAAGUGGCUUUCCGCCUUGUUUGGGACUUUGUAAGAAUAAAAGAAAAACAGAAUAUCUCUGAUUGCAAUUAUCAAAAUUGAUAUCUUCUGAGAGAGAGAGACAGAGAGAGGGUGAUAGGGCAGUAGAAUCCUUUUCAUAUAAAUGAACCCCUUUUCAUAUAAAUGAAUUUUUUCAUGAUCCCCAGGCCUGUUUACUCAUUAAGCUAAUUUUAUUAACAAACAAGUUUAUAUUCUAUUUGAGAGAUUGGAUCAAGUUCUGUUAUGGAGUUGAUAUUAUGUUUUGUGCCUUAUUAAUAUCUCUGGGUAUUGAACCACAUGUAAAAUGUAAAUAUAAUCAAACCUGUUUAGCAGGGAUCAUGUGUUUGGCCUCAGAGCAUGCUCAUAUUUUCAAAGACAAACAAAAGAUGAAUUUAAUACGAGGGAAAUACAAUUCAACCAAUGUUUUGAAAAGCCUUUUGCAGAAGAUGCAGAUGAGAGACCUUUUUCAAAUAAAGCUGUAACUGAACCUGAUCAAGAAACUGCUAAAAGGUCAUUGAUAAAACCCUCAAAACUUGGCAUUAAAACUGAUUCAUACAAUGUUGAACAAUUCCUUAAAUUCAUUCCAAAUGAGACAAAAGAAUAGGGUGAAGUCUGGGGGUUAUUGUUGUUUUAUGUGUGUGUAUGUAUAUAUGUGUUGGGAAGAUAUGGACAGUUUAUUCAUCUUUUGAUUUCUUUUCCAAAGGGAGUUAUUGUUUUUUAGCCCCAAGUCAACAUUGAUCCAAGCUGUGGCCAUCUCAUCUUUUCUAUAUCCUUCUUGUCACUUAGAUCUCCUCGAAUGGGUUCAAAGCAAGUCUGUAAUUUGAUUGGUCUUUCUCUUUCUCUCUUUCUUAUUCUGUAAUUUGAUUGGUCCUUUGUCACAGUGACAUGACGUCUUAGUCUUUUCUAUCUCUCCUACCACAGUAAGUGCUCAAAUGAAUUUUCUUAGUUCUAGAACACCUUAUGCCAUCUCACCUGACUCAUAACUCAGUGUCUCCAUCCAAAUGCUGUCGUGCUUCCGCAAAUAAGGAAGUCUUUCUACAGUUGUGGCUUUUUCCCUUGAAAAGCCAGAAUUUGGAGCUCUCUUCCAUCUCAUUUUCUCCCUUCUUGUGACCUGAACUCUUUCAAGUCUAAACUAAAUUCAUUCUUUGUGUCUUAAUUACUCCUUCGUAGUCCCUUACACUCUGUGGCUUUUCACCUUGUUUGGGACUUUAUAAAAAUAAAGGAGAAACAGAAUAAUCCUGAUUACAUUAUCCAAUGUGACAUCUUCUGAGAGAGAGAGAGUAGGGCAGUAGAUCCCUUUUCAUAUAAAUGAAUCCCUUUUCCAUAAAUGAAUUUUCUCGCAAUCCCUGUGCCUAUUUACACAAUAAGCUGAUUUUAUUAACAAACAUCAAACUUACUUCAGACAGCUAAAGAAUACCUAAGCUGAGAUGUAAAACAGAAACCACAUUUUCCCACAUUCACAAAGAAGUUCUCGGCCUAUUGUUUUAGCUUGCCUGCACCGAGUAAUUAACGAGAAAAAGUAUAUUUGUUAAAGAUUGUAACAACUUGCAUUAUAAUCAUCUUCAACAUUGUAACAACAUAAUAAUCAAUCUUAAUAAAUGACCUUAUUAAUAAUCAA